GGGGCCAAUAAAGAAAUUAUAAACAUGUGAAAUCCCAUUGCCAACUCUUCCUUUGCUAUAUUUACGCAGACUAUAUGGCUAUAGCUAUUAAAUGACGAGUCAUCACCUACCACUCGCCUAUAUAUAUAUUCAUCCACAAUAAUAUUACUCAUAACACCACAAUUUAACACAACAUACAGCAACAUCAGGCUGCAAAUUCUCUCACUAAAAUUAGAGAUAGAAGAAAAAGUUGUAUUAAAAAAUGGGGUUGUUAUCACUGUUGGGGGUGUCGCUGAUGCCGAUUCUACAAGUGCUUCUGUUAUGUACGUUGGGGGCUUUCAUGGCUACUGACUAUUUGAAGCUUUUCCCUUCUCAAACUAGAAGAGCUUUGAACCGAAUAGUGUUUGCAGUGUUCACCCCAGCACUUGUAUUUUCAAGCCUUGCAAAGACAGUCAGCCUCCAAGACCUUAUCUCAUGGUGGUUCAUGCCGGUGAACAUCGGAAUCACGUUUCUGUUGGGAGGCACACUGGGAUGGAUAGCUUGUAAAUUGAUGAAACCACAACCCUACCUCCAAUAUCUGGUCAUAGCCAUGUGUGCAACUGGAAACUUGGGAAACAUAAUGGUCAUUCUAAUCCCAGCAAUGUGUGAAGAAGCUGGCAACCCCUUUGGUGACAAAUCUACCUGCAGAACACUUGGUCUCUCAUAUUCGUCUCUCUCCAUGGCUCUAGGCUGCUUCUACAUGUGGACGUACACGUACCACUUGAUACAGAACUCGAGCGCCGUGUAUCGCUCGUCCCUUGCAGCUCAAGACACCCCUGGGGAACCCAACAAGGAUUUGGAAGCCAGUCCCACAACUCUUCUUCUUCAUAAUAGUACACGGGAUUUGAAGCCAGCUGCAGCUGUAUGGAACAAGUUGUUGGGGGUUUCACGUCAAUUAAUGGAAGAACUAAAAGCACCACCAGUUGUUGCUGCCUUCAUUGGGUUCGUAUUUGGGGCUGUUUCGUGGCUUAGAAACCUUGUUAUUGGCGACAAUGCUCCACUUAAAGUCAUCGAUGAUUCCAUCACAGUCAUAGGGGAUGCAACCAUUCCUUGCAUCAACCUCAUCCUCGGGGGCAACCUCUUACAAGGAUUCAACAAGUCGAAAUUGGAGCCAAAACUGGCAGUUGUGGUGAUCGUGGUGAGAUACAUGCUGCUUCCUGCAGCAGGGAUCGGAAUUGUAAAAGGAGCGGCGCAUCUGGGGCUUCUCCCGAACGAUCCUCUGUUCCAGUUCGUGCUGAUGGUGCAGUACACUCUUCCACCAGCAAUGAACAUAGGAACCAUGACACAACUAGUUGAUGUGGCUCAAGAAGAGUGUUCUGUCCUUUUUCUAUGGACCUACAUCGCUGCAGCCUUUGCUCUCACUGCAUGGUCUACUGUUUUCAUGUGGUUUUUGUCUUAAACCUUUCUUCCAAUCCCAUUCAGGAGCUCAACAAGAAGAUGAGUCACCACAUUAUUUUGGUUUGCUAUUCUAUUCAUUGUUUCGAGCAUAUUUUUCAUUUUUUGGGUUGCUUGUAUUCAUGCAUAUUGUUGUAAUAUAUAUUUUACUUGUUCAUUUCAAGUUAAUACCACAUGUAUCUACUCCUUCAAAGCGAUGAAGUAUAUUUCAUUGAGCCCUUUGAUUAA